ACCAAGAAGAAGAAGAAGAAGAAGAAGCGGAAGAAUAAAAGGCUGAAAUGUAUAGCUAGUUAUUACAUAUGUAUAUAUAGCUCGAAGAGAGAGAAAAAAUCUGAACGGUUUUUUUCCUGUUCGUUGGUUUCUGUUUCUCUUUCUCGGCGAGGUAAAGUUUCUCGGAAAAUCUUGGAUUGCUCGGGAAAAUUAUGGGGAGGGGAAGAGUGCAGCUGAGGAGGAUCGAGAACAAGAUCAAUCGGCAGGUCACAUUCUCGAAGCGGCGCUCUGGAUUGCUGAAGAAAGCUCACGAGAUCUCUGUUCUCUGCGAUGCCGAGGUCGCUCUCAUCGUCUUCUCGACCAAAGGAAAGCUCUUCGAAUACUCGACCAAUUCCUGCAGCAUGGAGGGGAUCCUGGAAAGAUAUGAAAGAUAUUCAUACGCAGAGAGGCAGCUUCUUUCAAAUGAUCCUGAACCCAAUGGAAGCUGGAGUCUGGAACAUGCAAAGCUCAAGGCUAGGAUGGACGUUUUACAAAGAAAUCAGAAGCAUUUCCUGGGAGAAGAACUUGAUUCCUUAACUCUCAAAGAGCUUCAAAAUCUGGAGCAACAGCUUGAUUCUGCACUCAAACACACAAGGUCGAGAAAGAACCAAGUCAUGUAUGAGUCCAUCUCAGAGCUCCAAAAAAAGGAUAAGGCAUUACAGGAGCAAAACAACCUUCUGACAAAACAGAUGAAGGAGAAAGAGAAAGAGUUGGCCGAACAGACACAAUUGGGGCAGCAGAAUCAUAAUUUGGAAGUAUCGUCCAUCCUCUUAGCACAGCCAAAUCAAUCCUUGAAUGUUGGAGUGUCUUGUUCCCCAAGAAGUGAUGGAUUAGCAGAAGAUGAAGCUACCCAACAUCAAAACCGAGGCAAUGCCCUUCUGCCCUCUUGGAUGCUCAACAAUCUCAAUGCAUAGAACAGUAACAUUGUCUUCUCCUGUGUAUGCGUUUACUGUGUCCACAUAUAUAGAUAUAUGUAUAUAUAUAUAUAUAUAACACAUACGUAUAUAUAUACAGGUACACCGGCCUAAACAUGGAUAUUUUUGUGCGUAGCCCAAAUAGAAAGAAUAUCUCAUUAUCUCCAAUUGUAAAUAUGUUGUCAGGUGUCCUCGAACUUACUAGGAUAACCCGAAGAGAGGAUAGUGUACCUGUUGUUAUUUUUAUGGGCUUCCACAAACGACCAUCCUUUUUUUUUUAUUAUUUUCUAUUGCACUCAAAACAUAUACGCACAAGUACGUGUUCAAAUGCUAAUUAAGUUGGUGCAGAAGGGUCUAUAACGGCUGCUUUUUUUGUUUGCUUUUUUGCUACAA